AUGGCAAAAGCAAUACCAACACCGCUCAGCCCACGGUCUGGUCCCAUGGUGCCAAGUAAAGACUCCUUCUAUGCUGUUCCUGACAAUGUUGGCCAGGUAGAACCUGGUACAAUAUUAAAACGGCGGAAGCCUCUCUCCCCAAUAGCCGCUUUCGGCAUUGCGCGGCUCAACCUGAAUUCCAGUUACCAGAUUCUGUAUAGAACUACAGACAGCUUCGGCAACGCAACAGCAACCGUGCUCACUGUGCUGAUACCGCACAAGGCAGACCGUUCAAAGCUCCUGUCCUACCAGGUCGCAGAAGACGCAGCAUCUAUUGACUGUGCCCCGUCUUAUGCCCUUCAGCUCCACUCAGCAUCCGGGCCACUUCUUGGAACACUCCUCACGCAAGGGGAGCUGCUUCUCGUCCAAGGAGCUCUCGGAGAAGGCUGGGUGGUUGUUAUCCCCGACUUCCAAGGCCCAAAUUCCGCAUUCUUGGCCAAUAGGCGCGCUGGCUAUGCUACGCUGGAUGGAAUCCGAGCCGCUCUCAACUCGUCUCCGUUUACCGGCAUCCGCGGCAACUCUACCAUUGCCAUGUGGGGAUAUUCCGGCGGCAGUCUGGCGACCAACCAUGCCGCUGAGCUUCAACCAGAAUAUGCCCCUGAGCUUCAGAUUGCCGGCGCUGCCGUAGGCGGUACAGUCCCCAACAUUACCAAGGCGCUCACUACCAUCAACAAGGGACUGUUCGCAGGGUUGAUCCCCACUGGCAUUCUAGGUUUGUCCGCAGAGUAUCCUGACGUGGCGCAGCUGGUCCUGGAUCAUCUGAAGCCGGAAAAAACCGAGGCAUUCUUCAAGGCUGGGACCCGGUGCCUUUUGGCCAACGCUGCCGCGUACCUCCUUAAAGACAUUAUCGGCAUGUUUGAUGACCGAAAUUUUAUGUAUCAAAACAAGAUUGUCGUUCAAGUUCUCAAUGAGAAUGCUCUGGGUAAAAAGACACCAAAGAUUCCGUUAUACUGGUACAAAUCUGUUUUCGAUCAAGUCAGCCGGGUCGCUGAUUCCGAUGCCGUUGUGAAGAAGUACUGCGAUGGAGGUGCUAGUGUCGAAUAUGUACGGGAUAUUGCGUCCGAGCAUGCAAGUUAUGCCCUGAUAGGCGCACCGAAAGCAAUCUAUUGGUUGAAGAAAAUUAUGAAGGGCAAAAAGCCCAAGUCAGGCUGUUCAAGGAAAACGCUUCUGUCCUCCUUGCUUGACAUUAAAACGUGGGGUAUUGCUAUCAAACUUGGCGUUAACGCAUUGUUGAAUUUAUUCCACAAGCCGGUUGGCCCGCCUGUAUUUGGCUAG